UUAUUCACAUUUAUUAAUAUUUUUUAUAUCUCUCCCUAUUAAAUUAUCUUAUUCUCUCUUAGCAACAUUCAUCAACCAGAUUCACUAUCAUCUUAUAACACAUCUUCUUCCUCUAAAGUUUAUUUUCUUAAACCUUAUUACAAAAAUAUGAUCUCCAAAAGUUGAUUAAUCUCUUUUUAUCCAUUUUCUUCUUCAUUUCUCAAUCUCAAUUUCUUUUUCUUGUUAAGCUUAACAUAAACCCUAAUAUUUUCUUGAUUUUUUUCAAGAAAAUAAAAAACAUAAGUCAUAGAGAUGCUUGAAGUUAGAUCAAUGGAUAUGACUCCUAAAUCACCAGAACCCGAAUCCGAAACUCCGACCCGGAUCCAACCAGCUAAACCAAUCUCUUUCAGUAACGGAAUCAUCAAACGCCACCACCACCACCACCACAACACCGUCACUUACAAAGAAUGUCUCAAGAACUACGCGGCGGCGAUUGGUGGUCACGCGCUUGACGGUUGCGGAGAAUUCAUGCCGUCUCCUUCUUCAACACCUUCCGAUCCAACUUCUCUCAAGUGUGCAGCUUGUGGUUGUCACCGUAACUUUCACCGCCGUGAACCUGACGACUCCUCCUCCGUUCCACCACCGUCUCUUCUUCCAUCUUCAACCACAACCGCCGCAAUUGAGUAUCAACCUCAUCACCGUCACCACCCUCCUCCUCCACUAGCUCCUCCGCUUCCUCGUAGUCCUAGUUCAUCUUCUCCGCCACCAAUCUCCUCCUCCUACAUGCUUUUAGCUCUCUCCGGUAACAAUAAAACCACACCGUUCUCAGAUCUAAACUUCGCCGCCGCGGCCAACAAUCUCUCCGCCGCGCCUGGCUCACGGAAGCGAUUCAGGACAAAGUUUAGCUCAAAUCAGAAAGAGAAGAUGCAUGAAUUCGCCGCUCGAAUCGGAUGGAAGAUUCAGAAACGCGACGAGGACGAGGUUCGUGAUUUUUGCCGUGAGAUCGGAGUUGAUAAAGGUGUUCUCAAAGUUUGGAUGCAUAAUAACAAAAACUCCUUCAAAUUCUCCGGCGGAGGUGCCACCGCCGUUAACGGUAUCGGCGGAGAGAACAAUAACAAUGAUGGAGUUCGCGGUGGAAGCGGUUUAGCUAACAAAGACGGUGGUGGUGGUGGUGGGAGAUUUGAGAGUGAUAGUGGCGGAAACGUAAACGCCUCGUCGUCUUCGUCGUGAAGAAGGAAACAUCUUGUCGUUUUGCAGGGAAAGAGUAAUAAUGGAAGCUUAAGCUUUUGUUUUAGCUUUUAGAUCAUAGAGAGUAAGCACUGGUAUUAUUAUCGUUAAUACGUUUUUAUUAAUAUUAAUUAAAACUCUUUUAGCUCCUUUUUUAUUUUUAUUUUUGUUAUAAUUUCAUUACCACGACGUUGUCUUAAAAGGAGGUAAUAAUAUUACGUUCCGAGAGUUUUUUUA